UGAGCUGGAGGUGUCAUGGCGGCCGUUGAGGUGGCAGCUAGAUCUGGAGGCCUUACAGCUGAUUGAACAACCCCGGCCGGGACGGCUGGCCGGUAGAAAUCCUACGACAAGAGCCUUUUUAAGACCUCAAAAAGUCACCCGGCGGCUUGCUGCUCUCCUUGAAACGGCUAGACCAAGGGACGGACCCUAUUUGGGUGGGGGAAAGCGGCGUAGGAGACCCCAGCUGAUUGUUACUGUGGUGCUUUCUCUCUUUCCCCGAGGACUGGGUUGAGCCUUGACUGGGAUGUCGUCGUGGCUGGGGGGCCUCGGUGCGGGUUUCGGCCAGUCCCUGGUGGGGCAGGUCGGAGGCAGCUUGUCGACACUGACCGGACAGAUCUCCAGCUUCACCAAGGAUAUGCUGUUAGAAGGGACAGAAGAGGUGGGAGGUCCUGCGGUUGAUUUUCCUGUAUCUGACAAUAGUCUGAGAGAUGUAGAAAGUCUUCAUUCCGCACUGAGAUCAGAGAAUGACAGGUUGAAAAAGUUUUGUAAUGACCUUGAAGAAAAGAACGAAGUAGCAGAGCUUCAAAUAAAGCAAAAAUCUAUAGAUUAUCGUAAUCAGCUACAGCAGAAAGAGGUGGAAAUCAGCCAUCUCAAAGCCAGGCAGAAUGCUUUACAAGAGCAACUACAGAAAAUGCAGUCAGCUGCUCAGUCAUCACAGCUGAAACCAGUUGGUUCUCCAUCAGCCACUACAUCAGCUUCUUUUCCUGUUGUUAGACAUCAUUCUUCUGAUUUUCAUAGAGAUGAUAUGGAUUUUGGAGAUGUGAUCUGGUCUCAACAGGAAAUAAACAGACUGUCCAGUGAAAUUUCUAGGCUCGAAUCUGAAGUUGAACACUGGAAGCAGAUUGCACAGUUUUCUAAGCCUCAAGGAGAAAAUAGUACAGAUCAAAAUGAAAUCUGCAAGCUGCAAAAUAUUAUCAAGGAACUGAAACAGAAGUUGAGCCAAGAAAUAGAUCAGCACCAGCAUGAGCUUUCAGUAUUGCAAGAUGCACAUCAUCAAAAAUUAGCAGAGAUAAGCCGACGUCAUAGAGAAGAACUAAGUGAAUAUGAAGAACGAAUAGAAGAAUUGGAGGAUCAAUUACAGAAAGUUGAUGGAAAUACUGAAGCGUCUUCUGAAAAAGAUCUACAAAAUGGAUCAAAAUCACCAAACCUGAGUAACUUACAAAAUAAAGUGGAAAGUUUAAGUCAACAAUUGUCUUCAGCAGAAGAAGAGAAAGACAUUCUCUUGAAAGAACUUGAAUUUGUAAGAAAAGAGAAAAAUCAAGUAAGAGAAGAAUACGAAAGGCUAAAAUCUGAAUGCAGUAAAUUCCAAAUAUCUAUUCCUGAAAAACAAGACGAUGUAAAAGUAGAGGAAGUCCCUAGUUUUGUAGAAGAAUCGUUGAAGGCUGAAGUGGAACGAUUGCAACAAGCACUACUUGAUGCAGAAAGUGAAAUAACAAAAUUGAAAACAUUAAAUCAGGGAGAAGUUAACAAAGAAAUGGGAAGUUUGCAACCUGUUAGUACUAUAAAAGGACAGAACUUGGAAAAUCAGCUAGAACACAUGCUAAAGAAGCAAUAUGAAUUGAAUGAAAGCAGUGCUGAAAAAGAAACUCUAAUAGCAGAAUUGGAAGAACUGGACAAGCAGAACCAAGAAGCUACCCAGCAUAUGAUUAUGUUAAAGGAACAACUAGUCAAACAAAGUGCAGAAGCUGCUGAAGUUAUCAGCCAGCUAAAACUGGAUGUAAAAUCUGCGGAAAAAACAGUAUCUAUGUUGGAGGCAGAGAAAAUGGAAAUGAGCAAAGAGGUGCAAAACCAGAAAGAAGCAUUGAAUCAAUGCUCACUUGCCCUUAAUGAUUUGCACAUGACUAACCAAUAUCAGGAAAAUAAAAUAAAAGAGUUAAAAGAACAACUUGAAACAUCCCAACAUUAUAGCUUCAAAAAUGAACAGGAAAUUAUGGAAUUAAAGAAAAAUCUAACUGAAAGAGAAGAAGAAUGUUCUCUUCUCAAAAACGAACUAACCAAGAUACAUCAGAAGUCUGAUAGUUAUCAAGAUCAUUCAGCCACUGAAAGAGAAGAAGAAAUAUCAGACCUGAAGCAGCAAAUUUCUAAAAAUAAACUAAUAAAUAGAGAUUUGGAGAAAUCCAUCAUGAAUCUUCAAACAGAAAAGGGAAGACUUCAUUUAGCAUGUGAGGAACUUAAACAGCAGUUGCAAAUAGCUAAUAGUGAGAAGGGUAAAAUUGGUUUUGAAAAAGAUACUAUGCUGGAAGCUUUGAAACUUGAGAAGGGACAGUUAGAAAGAGAAUUAAACCAAUCUGAAAAACGAUUGUUGGAGCAGGCUCAUAAAUAUGAACAGACCAUUGAGGAGUUAUCAAAUGCACGUAACAUGGAUACCACUGCAUUACAAUAUGAACAUGAACGGUUAGUAAAACUUUCUCAAGACAAAGAGUUUGAGAUAGCAGAUCUCAAAAGGAACAUUGAACAGAUGGAAAUGGAUCAUGAAGAAACUAAAGAGAUGUUAACCACUAGCUUAGCUGGCCAGAAACAACUGACAGAGCUCAUAAAAGAGAAAGAAGUCUUUGUUGAAAAAUUUAAAAUCAGAGCUUUUGAGUUAGAGCAGCAACAUGACGAUUAUAUUGAGAAUAUGAAAAGAACUGAGGCACUGAAGCAGAAUUUAGAGGAAAGGGAGAAAAGUCUUUCAGCUAUGAAAGAAGAGACCAGUCAUUUGAAAGAAGAGAAUGAGCGAUUAAAAGAACAACAAAGUAGGUCCCCUCCUUUGGCUGAGCCCAAAACAUUGGAUAUCAUCACAGAGCUUGAAGCAGAAAUAACACAAUUAACUAUACUUAAAAAUAGUCUGGAAGAAGAGAUUAAAUUAAACAAAAAGACAUUUGAGGAUCAGAAUUUGAAAAUGGCUCAACUACAGCAAUCCCUACAAGAAUACAAAAAGGAAACCGAAGAAUCAAAAUUUCAGCAUGAACAAAUGAACGUAGUACAUAGGCAGGUAUGCAUGGAGAAGGAUGAAGAAAUCAAAAGCCUACAGAGGACAGUAGAACAAAUUAAAACACAACUGAACAACCAAGGAAAGGUAAUUCAGCAAGACCCUCCUGAUCUUUUUCAGGAAUCUAAAGUUCAGACACUCAAUGGUGAAAAUGGGAAUGAGAAGCAUGACCUAUCUAAGGUUGAAAUUGAAAGGCUGAUAAAAGGCAUUAAGGAGAGAGAAAUGGAAAUCAAGCUUCUGAAUGAAAAGAACGUUUCACUAAGUAGACAGAUUGACCAAUUAUCUAAAGAUGAAGUUGGCAAACUUACACAGAUCAUUCAAGAAAAAAACUUAGAAAUACAAGCACUGCAUGCAACGGUUUCCUCCCCAUCUUACAAGCAAGAUGUUAUUUUCCUUCAACAGCAAUUACAGACCUAUGCCAUGGAACGAGAACAAGUGCUAGCAGUUCUUAGUGAAAAAACUAGAGAAAACAGUCAGUUAAAAACGGACUAUCACAAAUUAGUGGAUAUUGUUGCAGCUAAGGAAUCAACCAUGAAAAAGUUACAAGAAGAAAACCAAAAGCUAUCCAGCGAAUUUGAAAGUAGCAGUCAUGAUAUGUCUCGAGAAACUAUAAAGAACUUAUCCCGUAUCAUCCGAGAGAAAGAUAUUGAGAUUGAUGCUUUAAGUCAGAAAUGUCAAACUUUAUUAACUGUCCUGCAGUCUUCCAGUAUAAACUCAGGCAGUGAGUUACAAGGAAUUAAUAGUAAUCAGUUUGAGGAACUUUUACAGGAACGUGACACACUGAAACAGCAAGUAAAGAAAAUGGAAGAAUGGAAGAAACAAGUAAUGACUACUGUUCAAAAUAUGCAACAUGAGUCUGGUCAUCUCCAAGAAGAACUACAAAAACUUCAGAUACAAAUUUCAGUUGACAGUGAAAACAAUUCCCAGCUACAGCUAGAAUACAAUGGCUUAAUACGGGGCUAUGAACAAAAUGAGGAAAAGUUAAAAACCUUUACUCAAGAAUUAGCCCAAGUUCAGCAGAGCAUAGGAAACCUUAAUAAUACCCGGGAUGUAAUUCUUGGAAAGCUUGAUAUGGUAACACCACCACUAUUAGUAAAUUCUUCUGUUGAGGGAAAACCAUUAGAAGUUCCCAGUAAUACUUCUUCUCAGAUGUUUGACAGUGAGUGUAAAUCAGUAAAUGAGGAACUAGAAUUCAUGAAGAAAACAUUGCAGGAAAAGGAUUUGCUUAUCCAGACUUUACAAGAAAAUAAUCAGAGACUGUCUGAUUCAAUGGCUGCAUCGUCAGAGGUCGAAAGAAAGUGUCAACAGGAAUUUAGCUUGGAAAUAAAGCAGUUAAAGGAUAAAUCUGACAUUUUACAGAUGUCUCUCAAAGAAAAAGAUCUGCUAAUAAAAUCAAAAGGUGACCAGUUGCUUUCUCUGAGAGAAAAUCUUAGUAAUAAAGAGAGUGAAAAUGAGCUACUGAAGCAAAGUGUCACUAACCUGAAAGAGAGAACGCUGAUCUUAGAAAUGGAUGUUCGUACAUUGAAGGAAGAAAAUGACAGAAUAGCAGCAAAAAGCCAGGAAAAAGAAACAGAAUUCCGAGCACUACAAGAGACGAACAUGCAGUUUUCAAUAAUGUUAAGAGAGAAGGAAUUUGAACAUAAUUCCAUGAAGGAGAAAGCACUUACGUUUGAAAAGAUGUUGAAAGAAAGAGAACAGGGGAAGACAGGAGAACUAAACCAGCUGCUCAAUGAAGCCAAGUCAAUGCAUGAAAAAGCUGUUGCCUUUCAGCAAGAGCGAGAUCAAGUCAUGCUGGCCCUCAAACAGAAACAAAUGGAGACUAGCGCGCUACAGAAUGAGGUGCAGUAUUUACGUGAGAAGGAGCAGCGAUUAAAUCAAGAGCUAGACAGGUUACGUAAUCAUCUUUUGGAAAGGGAAGAUACCUCCACACGCGAAGCUUUAGCCGCUGAGGAUCGGGAAUCCAAGCUAAAAAAGAAAGUCCGCGAUUUGGAGGAAAAGCUUCAGUCUUCAUCAACUGUAGUGGAAAAUGUCAGCCAUCAGGCAAACAUGCAGGUGGAAUCUCUGCAAGAACAAUUGAACCUUGUUACGGCACAAAGAGAUGAGACUAUGCUUCAACUAACACUUUCACAAGACCAAGUUAAACAGUAUGCCAUAUCCCUGACAAACCUGCAGAUGGUGCUAGAGCAAUUUCAACGGGAAGAGAAAGCCAUGUAUUCAGCUGAGUUACAAAAAGCCCAAAAGCAGACUGCAGAUUGGAAGAAGAAAGCAGAGCAGCUAGAAGACCAAGUGGUUUUGUUGCAAGAAAGGUUGGAUGAAGCAAACGAAGCUCUAGGUUCUGCAUCAAGAUUAACAGAGCAACUAGAUCUGAAAGAAGAACAAAUUGAAGAACUUAAAAGACAAGGUGCAAUCAAACAAGAAAUGUUGGAGGAUGUGCAAAAUAAAUUAAUGAACCUCAUAAAUAGUACUGAAGGAAAAGUAGAUAAAGUCUUGAUGCGAAAUCUUUUCAUUGGGCAUUUUCAUACUCCAAAGAAUAAGCGUCAUGAGGUACUAAAGCUAAUGGGAAGUAUCCUUGGAAUAAAAAAGGAUGAACUGGAGCAGUUGCUGACUGAAGAUCACAAAGGUGUUACAAAAUGGGUGACAGGUUGGUUUGGUGGAAGAGCUGCUGAAUCCAAAAGUGUCCCCAAUACACCUCUCAGACCAAGCCAACAAUCAAUUUUCAACAGUUCUUUCUCAGAACUGUUUGUGAAGUUCCUUGAAACAGAAUCACGCCCAACUCUCCCCCCACCAAAACUUUCUCUUGAUAACAUGAAGCCUUUAGGAAUGGCUAAUCCUUCCAGCAACGUGGCAGGCUCAGGAACCAGUCGAAGACCAGAUGUAAAUCCAUUCCUUGCGCCUCGAUCAGCAGCAGUCCCACUCAUCUCUCCAGCUAAUCUUGGAACAAGCGGAUCUGGGCAUCUGCUUAUGAAACCCAUUUCAGAUGCCUUGCCUACCUUCACCCCAAUGCCAGUAGCACCCGAUGCUAGUGCAGGUGCAGUCUUGAAAGACCUAUUAAAGCAAUAGACUUGGAUGGAUUGAAGAGGAAAGCACUUUAAACAUACUAUACUGUAUUGAACACAAAGAGGCCUUUUGUAAAAAGUUGUUAAUUUUCAAUAACUCUAAAAGUAAACCAUUGUACAGAUAAAAACAAAAAAGUAUUGGUGAUCUAAACCUUUUAUUCAUAAUUCUUCAACUAUGCAACACCAUUUUCUACAUACUGCUGUCAGUCUAAUCACACUUUUCCCCCUUUCCCCUUCCUCAAUAGGCAUCUGCUGUUCGUGUUAUUUUAGUGUGUCUUUAUGUAUAAAUCCAGUUUGAUGGUGAUAGAAAUAAAUGUUCUCCAAACCCAUCUGGUUUAGUAAAAUACCACUGUAGCUAUUUCCUCUCACACCUUAGAGGGCUUGCAGUGAUUAGGCAGGAACUAUGUUCUGUUGUGUGUGACAUUCCAAUUCAGUCAGAUUCUGAUCUAAUCUGCAGCAGAAUUCUGUUAAAUGAGGAACUGCAUAUUAUCCAAUUAAAGUAUUAAUCUGGAAUAUUUUGUGAUCAGAAUGUGAUAAAAAGAAAUGAUAAAGGAAAAUGAAUCAAC